AAGGAUUACUGAACGUUUCACCACAAAUCCUCUAUACAGGGCCCUCACAACCAUUGCUGUACAGCACUCAACAAUAAAUUCAUAAUCUGCAGUGUACUCUCAGUUGAAGUCAGCCAUUCCAUUUAAUUCACUCUUUUCAAUUCUUGCUUUAGGCCAUUCUUGAUCUGUUCUUCUUUCUGUGUAUAUAUACAGAAUAACAGAUUUGAUUUUCUGCUAAUUCUGCAGUACAGUUCGUUUCAGAGAGAGAGAGAGAGAGAGAGAGAAUGGGCCAUGGCCACCACACUUGUUGCAACAAACAAAAAGUGAAGAGAGGGCUAUGGUCACCUGAGGAAGAUGAGAAACUCGUAAGGCACAUUUCUGCCAAUGGCCAUGGCUGUUGGAGUGUAGUUCCUAGACUUGCAGGGUUGCAGAGAUGUGGCAAGAGUUGCAGGCUGAGAUGGAUAAAUUACUUGAGGCCCGAUCUAAAAAGAGGGAGUUUUUCUGCACAAGAAGCUGCACUGAUAAUUGAUCUACACAAUAUUCUAGGGAAUAAGUGGGCUCAGAUAGCCAAGCAUCUUCCAGGAAGAACAGACAAUGAAGUCAAAAACUUUUGGAAUUCAAACAUCAAGAAGAAACUCAUGUCAAGGAAUCUUUCUAAUAUGGCUCCAGUUUCUGAUCUGCCCGCAAUUUCAAAUAUGACAAAUUCUAGGAGCAAUUUUCACGGUUUGUACUCAAUGAAUUCUAACUCUAAUCUGAUUCCAACUGCCCAAAUGGAUCAGGUCUACAUCCCAGCAGCAGCCCCAAAUAAUCCACUGCCACAAGGGUUUGAUCAGGUGAAUUUUAAUACCAACUUACACCCUUCUUUUCCCAUGUCAUCACUGGAUUCAUCUGCAUAUGAUCUUCUGCCGAUGCCGCUGUGGAUAUCAUCGGAAUACCAGAAACCUCAACUGAUUGAUCAUCAUCAGCAACAAUUUAUUAAACAGGAAGAUACUUCCAUGUACAUCACUGGCGGCGCUGCGGCUUCAGAGUUUAUCAACCCACCGCCAUUAAUGGGGACUUAUGAGGAUACAUCAGUAAACAAUGGGCUGCCAAAACUCUGUGAAAUAAUCAAUGGGAAUCAGUAUGGAAUGAGUUCUUCAUCUACUUCACAAGAUUUUGAACCAGUUUCUGGUGCAGGUUUUUCAGGAUUCCCUUCUGACCUUUAUGCACCUGAGAUGCAGGUGCCAUUAGUUAUAUACUCUCAAUACGGUGGGAUGAUUUGAGAGGUUUAUGAAUUCUUUGAAAAUGAAGGAGGUGUCUCAAGAAGAAGUCAUUGCAAUUUAUUCUAAUAAUCUUUACUAUAUAGAUUGAAUAAUUUUGUCUGGUUGAUCACUUGACAUGAAUUUUUAUUUUAUUUUA